AUGAAUCGUUUACGAAGAACAUUCAGUUUUCGUAAACGUAAAAAGCAGAAUAAUAAAAGUGAAGCUGGUGAUUCCUCUAAACCACAGCAAUGGUUAGAUGAUGAAGUCAAAAUUAAGGAAGGAUUUUGUAGUUUUCAAGUUAAAUACUUAGGGAAUAUUGAAGUUUAUGAGUCAAGAGGAAUGCAAGUAUGUGAAGAAGCUAUUAAAGCUUUACGAAAGUCAAAGAAAAAACCUCAAAAAGCUAUUCUUUCUGUUAGUGGAGAUGCACUACGUGUUUCCGAUGAUGUCAGUCAGCACCUUAUUGUGGAUCAGACUAUUGAGAAAGUCUCUUUUUGUGCACCUGAUCGAAAUCAUGACAAAGGCUUCGCUUACAUAUGUCGAGAUGGUGCAACGCGUCGCUGGAUGUGUCAUGCGUUUCUGGCUGUCAAAGAGUCCGGUGAACGAUUAUCUCAUGCUGUUGGCUGUGCUUUUGCAAUAUGUCUGGAAAAGAAACAGAAACGUGAACGAGAUGCUCUUCAGUUAGAGGCUUCUGAUGAACGUCCAACUUUUGCUCGAGUCGGUUCUUUUCGACCAGCUACACUCGCUGAACGAUUACUAGAUCCUCAGUCUACAAUUACAGCUGAACCGGUACCAAUAUCGAAUAAUCUACCUUCCAACUCACCAACUGAAUUAUCCCGUGUAUCUUCACCAGUUAGUAAUAUUGGAGCUAUUCCACGUCCCCAUGCUAGUCCAUCUAUUAUUGAGCGUCAGGGUUCUCUUCGGAUAUUCCCAAAGCUUCAAGAGAAUAGUCCUUUCAAAAGAGAUCUAUCACUACGGCUUGAAGGGAUGCCUUCAAAUUUACGACGUUUAACCGGAAUAAUUCAGGGUGCACCGAUAGCUGAGGAACCAUCUGAUGCAGAUUUUGAAUCAUCGAAACAGGGAUCAAUCAUAAAAAAUAAUGAAAAAACUGAACACAAAGAAACAGUAAUAACAACAUCUGCAUCAAAUUUAAGUCCAUCUAAAAUGACUAGUCAAUCUAUUCACCUUCCAGUUGUUGUAAAUGGUUCACCUGUGACAACUCAACCUAUUAUCUCUACUCUUCAAUUGGCUAACAGUCAGACUAUUGAUUCUAAAGCAUCACAAGCGUUUAUGCCAGUCUUCUCUGAUCCUUUCGCUGCUGCACCAGUCAAUCCAGCGACAAUACAACAACACUAUCAAAUGGAAUUACAACAAUACCAACAAAAAGCUCAACAACAACAGCAAGUAAUAAAUUCACCAGUAUUAAACACUAAGAUCCUGGUUCAAGCGUCUGUUGUUUCAACAAUAAACUCUACGCCAACUUCACCCUUUCUUGGUGGACCACCAAUAGCUGCACCAACUGUAUCUUCUGUAUAUAAUCCUUCUGCAUGGAUGGUUACCUAUCCAAAAUCACAACAACAGUUGAAUAGAUCUAUAAUUCAACACAAUACACCUAGAUUCAGUUCACAUACCAGUGCAGAAGUUAUUUCUCAGUCAAGUUUAAGUAAUCCUACAAUUGGUGUAUUAAAAUCAGUUUCUCCUGUUUCUUCAGGUUCUACCAAUCCAUGGUCAGUGGGCACAACCGAUGCAAUCGGUAAUAAUAAUAAUAAUAAUAAUAAUAAUAGUAGUAGUAGUAGUGGUGGUGGUAAUAAUCAUACAACUUGGCAAACAUCUCCAUCUCUACCGUCUGCUUUACUGCCUCCAGAACCUGAUUGUUUAUCUGAUCCAUUCGAUUUAGGUUGGGUGGAUAGAGCUACAGCUGGUACUGUACUGGCUACUAAUAAUACAUCAAUAGACAGAAGUAUUGGCAAUCCUUUUGUAAUUACCAAUGGAAGCGGUUCAUUGAAUCAAGAUACACCUGUAUUGCAUAAUCAGACUACAUGAUAUAACAUUCUGUUGUUGGUAUGUAUAUAUAGUUGAAAAGAUAGAGCAUCUUGAUACAGAUUCUUAUUACUUCAUUCUUCAUCGAUUUUUUUCUAUCAACUCUACUCUUUGUCUUUGUAACCCUAUGGAUAUUGUCUUUAUUGAUUUCAAUGUUGACAAUGAUUGUGUAGUUAUUUGUCAGUAUUCAUCCAUUGGGUUAAUAGGAUUCCUUUCAUAUUCAUUGUAAUGGGUAACCAUAGUGUUUAUGGGUUCAUCUGUAAAGGAUGAUGAUUAUUUAAAAUGGACAAUGAAGUAACUGACUAGUGUGUGUAGUGUCAACAUACUUAUUAUUAUCUUGUGAUUUCAAGUUGUUUUUUUUCUUCUUAUUGUCUUUGUGUAAAAUUGUUGUCUGACAGUUGAUGAGAUACAGAGUGAGACAGAGAGAAACGUCAAUGCCUAUCCAAAAUAACGGUAUGUGUAUGUUAAACACUCCUCCAUUCUCGAUGAUGGUACAAUUGGUGUUCAUUACACCAACUCUCUUCUUCCUGUAUGUGUGUGUGUUUGUUUUUAUUGUUAUUGUUAAUUAUUUAUAGGAUAAAUAAGGAGUACAUUACAACUUUUGGCAUCUGCACACUAUCCCCCCCCUGCCAUAUUUAUUGAUCAGUUAUUUUUCUGUUCAUAUGCAUACUGUAAUAAUUUGUGUUGACCUUGAUGAGUGUAAGCAUGCUCAUUGACCUCCUCCCUUGCCUACCCACCAAAUGUGCAUAUACCCCGCCUUGUCUUUGUUCCUCUUCUUUCAGAUUCCUUCUUUUAUGACUUUUAAUGAAUGUGUGGUGGGGGGGGGGGGGCGUGUACUCACGGUGUUCGUUGUGAUGACCCCUAUCAUUAUUAUUAUUAUUAUUAUUAUUAUUAUUAUUAUUAUUGCUAUUAUCACCAUUGGUAAUGUAUAAUUUGGCAUUUCAUCGCUUAUGCUUUUAUUUGUCUCCCAUCUAUUAUUGUUUAUGCUUUGUGUUGAUUUCCUCCAACCUCUUAGUAGUAGAAGUAGUUUUACAUAGGUGAUCAUAUCUGUACAACAUAAAUGCUUCGAUUUCGUAGCGCUUUCUUUUUGUUGGUGUUAAUAUUGACUGUUUAUUUAUUAACUAAAACGUUUUAACACUCUUACUGCUUUAAGUGUUUGCAAUAUUCUUGUUAAGCGUAAUUUUCUCAUCCUCUCAUAUGUGAUCUCUCUGAACUAGUCAGAAUGGAUAUGUAGGGCUUAAAUCUGGUUACACUUCUUUUCCAGUUGGCCAUCUAUAUGCUGAUAGUAUUAGUAAUAAUAAUGACAAUAAUAAUGCCAACUUUUCAUCAGUGACCUUGACCUAUUUAUUUAUUUAUUCUUGUUUGUAAAAUUGCGCCAGAAAUAUCAUCUUUUGUUGUUGUUAACUUUACGCCUUCAUAAAAUCCCUUAUUCCACCUGCUUUCUAUGUUUUUAAACAUUUGAGCGUAUUUUACACCUGACAACAUUCUUCGGUGUUUAUUUUUUCUUUUCUGUGUGUGUGUGUGUGCUGGUCACCUUGACCAGAUAACAAAUUGACUUCAUUUGUCUUA